UGUCCGUAACGUCAUUUUGGUAGCGUUCGUUUUGACAGGAAGGACGGAGGGGAAAACCUUCUGCAGAUAGCUGGCUGCCAAAUAGUAUGCAAAAGAUGUUGACAAUAAUCUCCAACGUGCUGAGGGGUAGUGCAAGCAGAAAUGGAGCCCAGGUUGUGUCAGAGGCCACCAGCAUGGUGGUGGCGUCACGCUCGUAUGCUGAUUUCACUCCUGAGGCCACCUUUGACAUAAAGAAAGUUGACCUUCAUCGUCUGGAGGAGGGCCCACCCCUGACAGCCACUCUGACCCGGGAGGAGGGACUGAAGUACUACCGCACCAUGCAGACCAUAAGACGCAUGGAGCUGAAGUCUGACCAGCUCUACAAGCAGAAGAUUAUCAGAGGCUUUUGUCACCUGUCCGAUGGCCAGGAAGCCUGUGCGGUUGGCGUUGAGGGGGGUAUCACCCUGUCGGAUCACCUGAUCACUGCAUACCGUGCCCACGGCUACACCCUCACCAGGGGCGGGACGGUCAGGGAGAUCAUGGCAGAGCUCACUGGUCGUAGAGGAGGCAUUGCUAAGGGCAAGGGAGGCUCUAUGCACAUGUACACUAAAAACUUCUAUGGAGGCAAUGGCAUUGUGGGAGCUCAGGUACCGCUGGGAGCCGGUGUAGCCCUGGCCUGCAAGUACCUGGGCAAUGAUCAGCUGUGUGUCAGUCUCUAUGGUGAUGGUGCAGCCAAUCAGGGUCAGAUCUUUGAGACAUAUAACAUGUCGUCUCUUUGGAAGUUACCCAUCAUUUUCAUCUGUGAGAACAACCAGUAUGGCAUGGGGACAUCAGUAGAGCGCUCUGCUGCCAGCACCGAAUACUACAAGAGAGGGGACUACAUUCCUGGCAUCAGGGUGGAUGGGAUGGACGUCCUGUGUGUUAGAGAGGCCACCAAGUUUGCAGCUGAUCACUGCCGAUCUGGAAAGGGCCCUAUCCUCAUGGAGCUCCAGACCUACCGUUACCAUGGACACAGCAUGAGCGAUCCUGGGGUCAGCUACCGCACACGUGAGGAGAUCCAGGAGGUCCGUAGUAAGAGCGACCCCAUCUCCAUGCUGAAGGACCGCAUGCUCAGCAACAACAUGGCCAGCAUAGAGGAGCUCAAGGAGAUUGACAUUGCGGUCAGGAAGGAGAUUGAAGAUGCUGCACAGUUCGCCACCACAGACCCUGAGCCCCCUCUGGAUGACCUGUGUAGCCACAUCUACGCCAACGAUCAGCCCUUUGAAGUGCGUGGUGCCACCCCAUGGACCAAGUUGACGUCAACCAGCUAAAGCAGCGUUUCCCAAACUCGGUCCUCAUGACCCCUAGGGGUGCACAUUUUGGUUUUUGCCCUAGCACUACAUAGCUGAUUUAAAAUAAUAAAAGCUUGAUGAUUAGUUAAUUAUUUGAAUCGGUUGUGCAGUGCUAGGGCAAAAACCAAAACGUGCAGCCCUUGGGCUCCCCAGGCCCGAGUUUGGGAUACGCUGAGCUAAAGGCUCUCGUGCCCCCAUCCCUUUGUCUCCCAGGCCCUUCCCCUAUCCUCCAUCAACGCACAUUUAUCUUUGCACACAUCACCUUCUCCAUUUCAGCCAAUGGCCUUCAUGGACUAUAAUCUUCUCCCCCCCCCAAACACAUCAUCUCGUGCCAACAAUAACUUAUACCACCCACUGAUGUUCCAUUUACCCUUUGCCAGAGCCCCAAUCCACACCCAAAAAGUGUCUGGUUGGUGUCAUAUCUCAUUGACUAACUCGGAGUCAUUGCUAGUUGCAUUUCUCAUGCCACAUUAUUGGCUCUUAUCUUUUCUGUUGAAAGGUCACUUAACACAGCAGAGAAGGUAGAAGAGCCUUUCAUUGUCCCUCUACAAAUGUUGUUUGGAGACUGGUCACAUGGACCAAUUGUCCUUAUCAACAUUACUGGCGUAAUUACUCCUAUUCAAUGAUUGUGGUUGUUUUCUCUCCAAAUAUAUAAGAUUAAAGGGUAUAUUAAAUAAAGUGAUUUACAGUAGGAUUUUAUUUUAUUUGUCUUGCCAAAUCAAAUCUGUGCCUGUGGGAUCUUGUCUGUUUUGACGAUGAGUGUCUCAUGUCUCUAGGCUGCGGGUCACUCAUAACAGAACACAAACACUACAGAUUCACAUGGAUUAAGGCUGAGUCUGGACAUUGUGGUGUGAUGCUUCAGAGAGAGAUUAUUAAAUCCUGUUGACCUCAUGCCUUCACUAUCUUGUCAGUCAUACCCCCUCUUUGUAGAUACUGACUCUCCUUCUAAAUCAUAAUUUGCCCUGGUCUCUUGUUCCCUGAAAUUAUUUUUUGGUUCUAUCAGCCUCAUUAUUUAUUGCUGAAUGUGUUUAACUGACAUACCAGUGCUCAAACUACAACUACUUCAAGCAGGAAUAGAAAAUGCUUCUUUUGGGAGUCUUGGUGGUCAACUGUUACAGUGGAUAAUGGUCAGACUACAGAGAACAGUGGGGCACUACACACAGAUCUGUCCUGGUUUUCCCCUAGAGAUGCUAAUGAAAUCAGGAAGUGUAUGUGUGCCUUGAUUGUCUUUGUACAGUCUAUCAAAACAAAUAAACUUAGAAAGAAAGCUUUGUGUACAAAUGUG